AUGCUGAAGCUCGUCACAAACAAUCCCAGGAUCGCAUCGGAACUGCUGCACCGCUCCUCCAAGAUGUCACCAGCUUUUACUCUGUAUGGCGCCCGCGGUUCGACCAACACGGACCGUGUCCGUCUAACCCUUGCCGAGGGUGGUUUCACAGACUACGAGCUCAUUCUCAUCAACCUCUACAAAGGUGAACAAAAAUCCGGAGAAAACCUGAAGCGUCACCCGUGGGGCAAGGUUCCCGUCGUCACGUUCCCCGACGGCUUCACCCUCUACGAGAGCCGCGCCAUUGGCAAGUACCUCGCCAAGAAGUACUCGUUCCCGCUGCUGCCCUCGGACUCUGACGCCGAGGCUGCGGCGCUGUUCGACCAGGCGCAGUCGGUGGAGACGCUCUACUUCGCCGACCCGGCGGGCCGAAUCGGGUACGAGAAGUUCGUCAAGAAGUUUAUCGGGUUGCCCGCCGACGAGGCCGUCGUCUCAGCCGCCCUGCGGUCCGUCGAGGCGUUCUUCGACGUCGCGGAGCGUGCGCUGCAGCAUAGUGACUACAUGGCCGGGAAGGACUUCACCCUCGUCGACAUCAACUACAUUCCGCUCGUCCAACGGCUGGUUGCGUGCGGAUACGGAGACGUCAUCCUCGGCCGCAAGGCCGUGCAAGCUUGGUGGGACCGAGUCGUCAACAGGCCGGCCAUCCAGCAGCUGUUGGCCGCGGACAAGGAGACUAUGACCGCCGCGCGUGGAUAG